UUUAACAAUAAGACUACUUUUCAAUCUCUCUAUCAACAAAAGCAAAACACCACAGCUCUCACACCAUAUUCUUCCCUCAUUCCAGAGCCCCAAAUGCUUGUAUCAAGAUCCAAAACUAAAGACCUCUCACUUCUCAUCAAACACUUGCAACUCAGAAAAACUUGUCUUUCUUCUUGUUCAUCAACCCCCUUUCCCUCCAUUUCCAUUCCAACCAACACUAACCCAUUUUUCCAACCAAAUCCACAAACACUUUCCCGAUUGCUGAACCAACGCCCAAGCAUCUCUCACCUCAAACAAAUCCAUGCCCAAGUCAUAAACCUAGCAUAUCCACUAUUUCCUUCCAUUAUUGACUCUCUCAUUCACUGUUAUAUCUCUACUGAGGACCUAACCACUGCAAGAACCUUAUUCAAUAGGUAUCCUUUGCCUUCACCACCCACUCUGUUAUGGAAUAUCAUGAUCAGGGCUUACUCCAAACUCCACAAUUGUCAAGAACCCUUCAACUUAUUCCGUCAAAUGCUCGCUUUAGACCGCACCCUACUUGUUUUUCCAGACGAUUAUACGUUCACCUUUGUGAUCACUUCGUGUUCGCAUCAGAUGUCUGUGGUAUAUGGGGAAAUUGUUCAUGGGUUGGUGGUGAAAAAUGGGUACGAAUCAAAUUUAUACGUAGGCAAUGUUGUGAUUAAUAUGUACUCUGUUUUUAAGAGAAUGCAGGCUGCCCACAAAGUGUUCGAUGAAAUGUCUGAACGAGACGUCUUCUCCUGGACUAGUCUGCUGUGUGGGUAUGCAAAACAUGGGGAGAUGGAUAGAGCUUGCGAGAUUUUCAAUCAGAUGCCAGUGCGUAAUAAUGUGUCUUGGACCGGUAUGAUUUCGGGCUUUGUUGGAGUUGGGAGGUAUGUCGAAGCCCUUAGCUAUUUCUGCGACAUGCUUUAUGAUGAUAAGGUGCAGGCCAAUGAGGCCAUUCUUGUUUGUGUGCUCUCCGCUUGUGCUCAUCUUGGAGCCUUAGAUCAAGGGAAUUGGAUUCAUAUGUACAUCGGUAAAAAUCGAAUUUCGGAGAGCUCAAAUAUUUCUACUGCUCUUAUUGAUAUGUACUCAAAAUGUGGGAGGAUAGAUAGUGCCUCUCGAGUUUUCAACGGAAUCUUAAGAUGGGAUGUCCAUAAUUUUACAAGCAUGAUUUCCGGCUUAUCAAUUCAUGGACUUGGUAAAGAGGCUUUAUGUGUUUUCUAUCAAAUGUUAGCUGAAAACAUUAAGCCGAAUGAGGUCACCUGUCUAGGGGUUUUAAAUGCAUGUAGCCAUUCCGGUCUAGUAGAGGAAGGUUCUUCAAUAUUCUACGAUAUGGAGAGCUUGUGGGGCGUUGCACCCAAGAUUGAGCAUUACGGGUGUCACAUUGAUUUACUUGGGCGUGCAGGUUACUUAGAGAAGGCAUUCCAAAUUGUCAAAACCAUGCCCAUGAAGCCUGACAUUGUUAUAUGGAGGUCUUUGCUUAAUGGAUGUAGAAUCCACCGUGAUGCUAAUCUUGCACGGUGCAUUAUAAAUUACGUUGGGCAAAUGAACUCUCAGGAAUGUAAUGGAGGUGAGGUGCUACUUUCAAAUUUGUAUGCUUCGCUCGGUAUAUGGGAAGGAGUGACUGAAGUGAGGAAGCUGAUGGGUGAGAGAAGGAUUGAGUCUGAUCCUGGGUGCAGUUGGAUUGAGGUGGAUGGUGUUGUUCAUGAAUUUCGAGUUGCUGAUAAGUUGCAUCCACGAAUAAUAGAAGUACGACAAAAGUUGAAUGAAAUUUUGAAAAGGGCAAGACUAGGAGGCUACGUUUCAAAUACAAUGCAUGUUUCUUUUGAUCUGAAUGAGGAGGAGAAAGAACAAGCAGUGGCAUGGCACAGUGAAAAGCUAGCUGUUGCUUUUGCCCUGAUGAGUACUCCACCGGGCACCUCAAUUCGGAUAGUAAAAAAUUUAAGGACUUGUGAAGACUGUCAUCUGGCUCUAAAGGCCAUUUCCAAAGUUUAUGGUAGGGAGAUCAUUGUAAGAGACCGUUCUCGUUUCCAUACUUUUAAAGGAGGAGAUUGUUCAUGCAAUGAUUACUGGUAGUUUUCUGCUGUUUAUGUUCUGGUUCUUUAAUGGGAGAAAUGCAAGUUGAACUCAGAUACAACAAUUGAGAUCAUUUAUUUUAUUACCGACAACUGAGUCAUGGGCAUCCAAAGUUUUGCGAUGUACCUCCUGUGUUUGCCAACGACAAAGAUGGUCUGAAAAAUCGAAUGGUUUGACGGUGUUCAGGGAACGUCGAGUACUCUGUUGGAUAAGUAUACAGUGCUUGUGUUUCUUAAAACAAAUAAGAAGUAUUCUUGCUGCACCAAAAAAGCGUGAAAGCGAUGAGGAUAUUAGGAAAACAGCCUGGAGCAAGUUAUUCGACACUACAGCAGUGCCUUCAAUUCGAAACUUGAUAAGCAACUGAGGAAGUUGAUCCAAUGAUUUACAGAAAAGAAGCUAAAAGUAAUAAAUGUUCACAAUGCAUCCUAUAAAUGAAGAUACCAAUUAUACUCUGCUUUAACAAGUAAUAACCCCGAAAUAUAACAAUUAUAUAAUAGUACACCCACAAAUAGCUAAACCGUGCUAUUUUCUCUUCUCCAUACAGUGAGGGAGCAAGAUUUCACCUGACCGCGUUAUAUCUCAGCAAU